CACGUGGCAAAAGCUGACUCGGGGGCAUCGGAAUAGUCGCGCGGGGGUUCGCAUAAUUUUUGUUCCUGGGGACCACCGCACCGCAUCUGUCUCCUCCCAGUGUUCGAAGCAUCGGGGAUGGGAUCGUAGUAGACGUCGUCCGCGAGGGCCGUUACUACCACCACCGACACGACCACCACCACAUCAUCGUCGCGGAGCGGAGGAGUCGCGAAGGGGGGCGGCGGGGGAUCGUAUUCCCCCUUUCCCCCCUCGCGCGCGAACGCCCGCUCAUGCCUAUAUAAACCCCCGAGGAGGAUGUGGCUCCCCAAGAGGUCCGUCGCCGCCCUUUGCGUCUCCGCGCUCUCCGACCCCGCUUCCUCCUCCCUCUCUCUCCUCCUCCUCCUCUCCUCACCCUCCGCAAACCCUAGAGGGUGCAGUCGUAGGGUUUCGAGCUUGCCGAGGCCGUCCAUGGCGGCGGCGGAGGCGGCGGGGAAGGGUGAGAUAAGGGCGAUGGGCGAUUUGAGGGGUGGCGAUGAAGGGAGGGUUUGGUCGUCGUCGGGAUCGGGGCUGAGCAUCCCCAUGGGGAAGCAGAUCUUCUGCAACAGGUCGCUGAACAUGAAGAACAUCACCGCUGUAGGGUUUGAUAUGGAUUAUACGCUGGCGCAGUACAAGCCGGAGACGUUCGAGGCGUUGGCUUAUCAGGGCACCAUUGCUAAGCUCGUUAACGAUCUGAAGUAUCCCGACGAGCUAUUGAAAUGGAAUUUCGACUGGAAGUACAUGGUCAGGGGACUAGUUCUUGAUAAAAAGAGAGGAAAUAUCUUGAAGAUGGAUCGACACAAGUAUGUAAAAGUGGCAUAUCAUGGCUUUAGGGAGAUGUCAAAGGAGGAAAAAGUUGCUGCUUACGGAAACACAUUGACACGAGAUUCAUUUGACGGGGCUGACUACGUUGUUAUUGAUACACUUUUUUCUUUAGCUGAAGCAUAUCUAUUUGCACAGCUUGUUGAUUUCAUCGAUAAUAAUCCUGAAAAAGUUCCUUGGGGCACUGAUUAUCCUGGUAUGUGUAGAGAUGUAAGAUUUGCGGUUGACUUGUGUCAUCGUGAUGGAACAUUGAAGAAGAUGGUUACUAUGGAUCCUGGAAGGUACAUCAAUGAAGAUUUAUCAAUUGUGCCCAUGCUUAAAAUGAUUAAAAAGUCAGGCCGUUCUACAUUCUUGGUGACAAAUAGCUUGUGGGACUAUACAAAUGUCGUUAUGAAUUUUCUUUGCGGAUUCCAUGACUCAGAUGAUGACUGUCCUUGCAACUCUAAAUGGCUUGAAUAUUUUGAUGUGGUCAUUACAGGCAGCGUAAAGCCAAGUUUCUUUCUUGAAGAUAAUCAUGCAAGCCUGUUUGAAGUUGAAGCUGAAUCUGGGAAGCUACUUAAUGCUGAUUUACAGAUUGGAAGUCCAACAUCAGCAUUGAAACGGUUGAAGACAGCCCACAAAGUAUAUCAGGGAGGUAGCGCUGGUCACCUGCAUAGAUUGCUGUCGAUUGCAUCUAGUUCUCAGGUUCUCUAUGUUGGAGACCACAUUUAUGGAGAUAUUUUGCGCAGCAAGAAAGUCCUUGGUUGGAGAACGAUGCUUGUUAUUCCAGAGCUAGAGGAGGAGGUGAAGCUUCUUUCAGAAUCAAAAGAUACCCGUAAGGAACUCCGGCAGUACAGGAGAGAGCGCGAUCUUGUUGAAGACAAAAUCCAUCGUCUCGAAUGGUCUAUUGUGUUUGAAGACCUUGCAUAUGAUGAGAAGCAAAGGUUGAUAUCUGAGGUUCAUGAUUUGAAGGUACAAAGGGAGCAUGUCCGCCGCCUUCAUCAAGAUGCUCAACGGAUAUGUCAUCAAAAGUUUCAUAAGGUCUGGGGACAGCUCAUGAAGACUGGUUUCCAAAACUCUCGCUUUGCUCAUCAGGUUGAGAGGUUUGCAUGUCUAUAUACGAGCCAAGUCACGAACUUGGGCUUGUACUCUCCUGAGAAAUACUAUCGGCCAAGCGAAGACUUCAUGCCUCAUGAAUUUGAUGUCCUUGGUCUGUGAUUAGAACUUCUCUAUGCAGCUCAGUCUCCUCGGUGGCUCAAACAAGCAGCAAAGGAGUAUAUACUUGAUGCAUAUAAAUAGCAAUGAGUUAGGAAAAGCUUUUUUUACUCGUUCGUAUCCCUCUUUACGAGCUCUAAUUCAAUGUAAUUUCUCUUUUUCCUCUUCUAACUACUGUGAUGAUUGUGAACGCCAAAAAAAUAUCUUGUCUUGUCAAGAUUGUUAAUAUUCACAUGAUUUGAUCAGAUCAGAUCAUCACGUAUUCAAAUGAAAGGUACUGUCGCACUCAUUGUUGAAUUGUUUCUGAUAAAAAUAUGCUGGUCCUGUA